CGCCCUUGUCUUCGCCGACCAAGGCGACCAAUAAUCACGUCUCUUUCACUCACCCAAUCUCCUCUCUCACAAGUCACAAUACUUGCGUUCUCUCUCUCUCUUUACAGCACGUAUUUUAUACUCCGUAUAUCUAUAUAUAUAAAUCUCUAUACUUGAUUUCUUCCCUCUGUUUCUCGGAUUACCGUUUCUUCUUUGUUAAGAACCCUCGAAAUCGGGUUUCUUCCGUUUAAUUUUUUUCAUAAAUCGGAAGCUGCUCGAUUCCCCUAUCGCAAGCUUAUAGGGUUUUUUCUUGCUUGGGGUUUUUGCUUUACUGUUUUUUUUUUUAAAUUUUUAUUUCCCUUUUGCGGUUCUUGAGUUCUUCUGAUUUGUUCUUGAGACAUGGGUGUCCUGGUUGAGUCAAUUCACAGUCAAUCACAGACAGUUGAACCUGUCUUUGUCGAUAACAAGGAUAAGAAGAAGAAGCGUCGAUCCAGGCGUGGCAAGCAGAGUUAUCCUCUUCUUUCAGGAGUUGAUAACAUUUCAAAUAAUGGAGAGCUUAGAGAACACCAAUUUCCAAGAGCAUCAGAUGUUGCUUUUAGUUCACUUCCAAUUGUGCAUCUGAAUGAACAAACAGUAAAGGGGUACCAAGGCCUUGUAGGACAGGAGAUGAUUUCAUCAAGUGCUGCUGGAAGAGUAUUUUCAGGCUCUUGCCCACAGCCCAGUCUUUGCAAUGAUGCAAAUGGAGAACUAAUGUUGUCCACACUGGAUAAUGCAUUUGCUCAGAGGAAAUGUUUUACUAGACACUGGUUGACUGAAGAUGUUGAUACAGCACUAGAGAGAGGUGAUGUAUUCAAAGCUUUAUUUCGUGUAAAUGCUCACAAUAGACUUGAGGCAUACUGCAAAAUUGAUGGUGUGCAAACAGAUGUUCUUGUCAGUGGAACUGCUGCUCAAAAUAGAGCCGUUGAAGGAGAUAUUGUUGCAAUUGAAGUUGAUCCUCCAUCGCUUUGGAUUAAAAUGAAAGGCUUCUCUAGCGGGACAGUGGAAGAUUCUGCUUCUGCAGAUGAAGUUAUCUUGGAGUCUGAGACUUCUGAAACUUUCAUAGAGAAUGUCAAAGGGAAAAUGAAGGUUGAUUCUGAUUAUGGGUACAUCACUAGUCAGAAUCAAGAUCCCCCUUUAGAAAAUGGAGGCUGUUGCAAAAAUGACAAUUAUAAGGGUGAAAGUCUUUAUCCUGAAAAGAUAUUACAAAUAAAUAAUGUUAAUGCUAAUGGACAUUGUUUCUCAAUGCCAGAUCCCAUAGAAGCUGGUUGUGUAAAUGGGAAGGGAGAGUUUCUGACUGCAGCAGAGAAGCUAUCCAUAACUGUGGAUUCGUUUCCAUCUAAACGGCCAACAGGUAGGGUUGUGGCCAUUCAUGAAGCUUCUCCUCGCAGGGACAAAAUUGUUGGUUUUCUUAGUAUUAAGAAGUGGAUGCGGAAUAGAGAAAUCAACAAAAAGGACUCAAAAAAGAACAAACAUUCAUCUUCUGUUUUAAAUUAUGAAUAUCUACUGUUAACGCCAACUGAUCCAAGAUUUUCAAAAAUGAUGGUUCCUGUAAAAAGCCUGCCAGAUGUUAUCAAGAAAAGGCUUCUAGCUGGUGAUGCAACUGUUGGCACAGACCUUGUAGGUGCAAGAAUUGUUGACUGGGGUGAAGAAAGCUGUAUUCCAGAAGCUCAAAUAAUUUAUGCUUUUGGAAGAGGUGGAAAAAUAGAGACACAUAUUGCUGCAAUUUUGUUUGAAAAUGCUGUUGAUGUUUCUGAAUUUUCUCCAGAAACCUUGUCAUGCCUUCCAAAUAUUUCUUGGGAGGUUCCAAGAAAGGAGUUUGAGAGAAGACGCGACAUCAGAAAUUUGUGCGUCUUUACUAUUGACCCUGCUACUGCUACUGAUCUUGAUGAUGCCCUUUCUGUUGAGAAGUUGCCUAAUGGCACUUUUAGAGUUGGUGUCCACAUAGCCGAUGCCUCAUACUUUGUUCUGCCAGAUACACCCUUAGAUACCAUUGCCCAGAAUCGAUCAACAAGUGUGUAUUUACUGCAGAGUAAAUUGCCAAUGCUGCCACCGUUGCUCUCUGAGAAUCUUGGAUCACUUAACCCUGGGGUGGACAGACUAGCUUUUUCUAUAUUUUGGGACAUCAAUCUUGCUGGGGAAGUUCUUGACCGCUGGAUUGGUCGCACUAUAAUUCAAUCUUGCUGCAAGCUUUCAUAUGAGCAUGCUCAAGAUAUAAUUAAUGAUAAAUUUGAUGUUCCAACUGCUGAUGUUGCAAAGAAGUCAUCAUGGCCACAGUUAUAUGGCCAUUUUGAUUGGUCUGAUGUAAUCAAAUCUGUGAAAAUCCUUUAUGAAAUCUCAAAGACCUUGAAGAAGAACAGGUUUAGUGAUGGUGCUCUGUCACUUAAUAGUCCUAAGAUAGCUUUCCUAUUUGAUGAAGAUGGGGUUCCCUAUGAUAGUCUGUUCUAUCAACAGAAAGAUUCAAACUUGUUGAUUGAGGAGUUUAUGCUUCUUGCAAACAGGACAGUAGCAGAAGUAAUAAGUAGAGCUUAUCCUUCUAGUGCUCUAUUGCGUAAUCAUCCUGAGCCCAACAUACGCAAACUCAGGGAAUUUGAGUCCUUCUGUAAAAAGCAUGGUUUGAAGUUGGAUUCUUCUUCCUCUGGCCAAUUUCACCAUUCAUUGGAGCUUAUUAGGCAAGAACUGAAGAAUGAUUCUGUGUUGUUUGACAUCCUUAUGUCUUAUGCUGCAAGACCCAUGCAGUUAGCCACGUACUUCUGUAGUGGAGAUGUAAAUGAUACUGAAUGGGGACAUUAUGCUCUUGCUAUUCCCCUUUACACACACUUCACAUCUCCAUUACGCCGAUAUCCUGAUAUUGUAGUACAUCGAACAUUGGCUGCGACUAUAGAAGCUGAGGAGAUGUAUAUUAAGUGCAAAGAGUCAUUCCAAAAUGGGGAUAAUCUUGCAAACAGCAGGUGCUUUACUGGCACAGCUGUAGAUGGGGAUGAUAUAGAAUCAUCUGAAGCUAGGGAGUUACUGUCUGCUGCAGCAUUGAGGCACAAGGUUCCAAGCGCAGAAACACUUGUAGAUGUUGUUGCACAUUGCAAUGGAAGGAAGCUGGCCAGCAGGCAUGUGAAGGAUUCUACUGAAAAACUCUACACAUGGGCUUUAUUGAAAAGGAAUGAGUUAUUUUUCUCGGAAGCCAGAGUUCUUGGUUUGGGGCCCAGGUUCAUGUCAAUAUAUAUAAAUAGGCUUGCAAUUGAACGGCGAAUCUAUUAUGAUGAAGUUGAUGAUCUCACAGUUGAAUGGCUUGAUACUUCAUCCGCCCUGGUGUUGAGUAUGUGUACAAGUAAGCACUUAAACCGGAGGGGUAGCCCAGGAAAGUGUAGGACCCUUGAAGAUGUUGCAUUCAUAGUUAGUCCAUGUGACUUGAAUUUGGAUGAUGAAGAAGACAACAGCAAAUUAGAUGAUGAUCCAGGAAAGUGUAGGACCCUUGAACCUGCUGUUUUCCCUCUCACCAUACAACUGCUUUCAACAAUUCCUGUUGUUCUUCAUGCGGUUGGUGGAGAGGACGGGCCCAUUGAUAUAGGGGCAAGGUUGUAUAUCAGCUCAUAUUUCAGGUGAAGAUGGGGGAUGGAAAAUCCAUCGUACAUAAUAAGGACCCGGUUGAGUGGAAUGUGUAAACUACUACUAGGUAUGUGUUGUGAAUCCAUGGGAGGGAAGUAGUAAGGUGAAUGUUGGUAUUAUAAUGUGCACCUGAUGGAUAAGGAAAAGGUGUUGGUGGUUUGUUGGGUGUUUUAAUGAUAAGCCACCAUUGGAAAUUGGUCCUCGUUUUUGUUGGAAGACCACUUCCAUACCUACCCUGCCAUGGCUGCUGCCUGCAUAAUGUUCAUUAUUUUUGCGUUUUUAAUGGACUGACUACCACCCAAAUGGUUUUUAAAAUUUGGGGGUGUCCUCCUCAGUCCUCUUAAACCUUUUAUAAUUACUAGAGUAAGAUGUUUCAUUUAAUCUUACCCCACCUUGUGUUUUAUGUUGCUGAGUUGUUAAAUAAUGCACACAAACAUCCUCAAUAAUCUUUCUUUUUCUGCAU